AUGGAGGAGCACAAGCCGCUGGCGGCCAUGGUGGUGGUGCAGUGCAUCUACGCGGCCAUGGCGCUGUGGGCCAAGGCCAUGUUCAGCCGCGGCAUGAGCCCCAUGGUGUUCGUCGUCUACAGGCAGGCCAUCGCCACCGCUGUCCUCGUCCCCAUCACCUUGCUCGCCAACAGGAAGAGGCUGAAGGAGAUUGUUUGCAUCGGGACGACAGGCUUCGUGCUGGUGUUCUUGGCCUCUCUCGUCGGGGCGACGGCGAAUCAGUACAUGUACUACCAAGGCAUCUACCUGGGGUCAUCGUCCAUGGCGACGGCCAUGACGAACCUGAUACCGGCGAUCACCUUCGUGCUGGCGACGUCAGUAGGAUCGAACAUUCUCUUCUCUGUAAACACAUGGAAUAGGGCUAAAAGAUUUAGGUCUAGUAUGUGUCUUAUGUUCCAAAAUGCUAGAAAAUUACUUUUACUUAUACUACAUGGAAGUAUUUUACUGGAAACUCAAUUACGAAAGUGGAAUUGGUUACUAAUGAAAUUACCGCCGGCUCAUGAACGCAGUCUAGAAUGCGUGGAGAUGAGGAAGCCGCGAAGCGUGGCCAAGAUAUUCGGCACCGCCGUCUGCGUCGGAGGCGCCAUGGUCAUGACCUUCCUCAAGGGCCCCAAGCUGCUGCACGACUCGCUGGGCGUCGGCGGCGCCGGGCUGGGCCUGGACGACCUGCUUCUUCUCAACUCGCCGGGGAGCCGGAACUGGGUGAUGGGCGCGCUGUUCCUCGUCGGCAGCAGCUCCUGCUGGUCGCUCUGGCUCAUCAUACAGGUGCCGAUCUGCAAGUCGUACGUGGAUCCCCUGACGCUGUCGGCCUGGAUGUGCUUCCUGUCCACGGCGCAGAUGGCGUUGCUCAACUCCUUCGUGCUGCCGGGCCUCGACGCCUGGAAGAUCCACUCGCUCUUCGAGCUCAUGGGCUGCAUCUUCGCCGGCGCGGUCGGGUCAGGCGUGACGUUCUACCUGCAGUCGUGGUGCAUAACGGUGAGGGGCCCUCUCUACUCGGCCAUGUUCAACCCCCUCUGCACCGUCGUCACCACCGUGCUCGCCACCGUCAUCCUCCACGAACAGCCACACAUCGGAAGCUUGUUGGGUGCAUUCGCCGUGGUAGCCGGGCUGUACAUCGUGCUGUGGGGCAAAGCAGGCGACGUCAAGAGCCCGAGGGCGGCGGGGCACGCCGAUGAUCUGGAGAAGACAUGGUCGGGCUCUCAGCUCCUCGACGCGGAAAGUACGAUCACCGCGCCGCUCCUGGCGGACAAGAAUCCGAUCGAGAAGUAG